GAGACACUAUAUGAGAAGCCAGACAUUCUGCUCAUAAGAUCAGCUUAACAGAAAAUGUCACUAAGCCAGGGUAACUGGAUACGACCACUUCAUGAGGAUGUACCUGCUCAGCACUUCUCCAUGGUCAGAAUGAUUUGGCCUCAGACAGCAUUGGGGGCACACGGGGCUGGUCUCGCAUGUUUCUGUUACUAUGGCCAUGACGGCAGGGACCACAACCACUUUUCCUAUGAGCAACCAUACCCGAGAAAGAGUGACUGUAGCCAAGCUCACAUUGGAGAAUUUUUACAGCAACCUAAUUUUACAGCAUGAAGAGAGAGAAACCAGGCAGAAGAAAUUAGAAGUGGCUAUGGAAGAAGAAGGAUUAGCAGAUGAAGAGAAAAAGUUACGCCGAUCACAACAUGCUCGCAAAGAAACAGAGUUCUUACGGCUCAAGAGGACCAGGCUUGGCCUGGAUGAUUUUGAAUCUCUGAAAGUUAUAGGAAGAGGAGCUUUUGGAGAGGUACGGCUGGUCCAGAAGAAAGACACAGGCCAUAUCUAUGCAAUGAAGAUACUGAGAAAAGCUGAUAUGCUUGAAAAAGAGCAGGUGGCACAUAUUCGAGCAGAAAGAGAUAUUUUGGUAGAAGCAGAUGGUGCCUGGGUGGUGAAGAUGUUUUACAGUUUUCAGGAUAAGAGGAACCUUUAUCUAAUCAUGGAAUUUCUCCCUGGAGGUGACAUGAUGACCUUGUUAAUGAAGAAGGAUACCUUGACGGAAGAGGAAACACAGUUCUACAUUUCAGAGACGGUUCUGGCCAUAGAUGCAAUCCACCAGUUGGGUUUCAUCCAUCGGGAUAUUAAGCCAGACAACCUUUUAUUGGAUGCCAAGGGACAUGUAAAAUUAUCUGAUUUUGGUUUAUGCACGGGAUUAAAGAAAGCUCACAGAACUGAAUUCUACAGAAAUCUCACUCACAACCCACCAAGUGACUUCUCAUUCCAGAACAUGAACUCAAAGAGGAAAGCAGAAACCUGGAAGAAAAACCGGAGGCAGCUGGCAUAUUCCACAGUUGGGACACCAGAUUACAUUGCUCCAGAAGUCUUCAUGCAGACGGGUUACAACAAGCUGUGUGACUGGUGGUCCCUGGGAGUGAUUAUGUAUGAAAUGCUAAUAGGCUAUCCACCUUUCUGCUCUGAAACUCCUCAGGAAACAUACAGAAAAGUGAUGAACUGGAAAGAAACUCUAGUAUUUCCUCCAGAAGUACCUAUCUCUGAGCAAGCCAAGGACUUAAUUCUCAGAUUUUGUAUUGAUUCUGAAAACAGAAUUGGGAAUGGUGGAGUAGAAGAAAUAAAAGGCCACCCCUUCUUUGAAGGUGUAGACUGGGGGCACAUAAGGGAAAGGCCAGCAGCAAUCCCUAUAGAAAUCAAAAGCAUUGAUGAUACUUCAAAUUUUGAUGACUUCCCUGAGUCUGAUAUCUUACAACCAGUGCCAAACACCACAGAACCAGAUUACAAAUCCAAAGACUGGGUUUUUCUCAAUUACACCUAUAAGAGGUUUGAAGGGUUGACUCAGCGUGGCUCUAUCCCCACCUACAUGAAAGCAGGGAAACUGAGAGGAGAUCCACUGUGUCCACAGCACGAGCACUCAGGGAGCUGCACGCAAGUCCUGCUCAGCACCGAUCUCCAGACCCUGAAGUCUCCCAAGGAUGGUGGUGCUCACUGACGACAGGAAAUUCGGCAGGACUAGGCUUCUAAGACUACUACAGGAACGAAUGAGUUGGCAGUGCCAGCUGUCUUUUUUAAAAAAUAUUUUUAUUAUUUUUUCUUAACUGUAUUAUCCGAAGGUACUGGAAUAAAAGAAAUGUACAUCCCUUUCUGGCUGCGCUGCCCGCCUGCAUCGAGAGGGCCGUCCCGCCUGUGUGUGCUCUGGCUUUGGACUGGGGCUCCUCUGGUCAGCUUGGA